AUGAGGAUGAUCUCAGAUAGCGAACUCACAACUGAGGUAGACUCACUCGGAGACGAGGCACAUUCCCCUGCGGGUUCCGGGGACACGAUCAACACCUCGGAUCACGAACCCAGCUCAAAGAAUCCCAAAGCUGCCGCGGCGUCAUCUCUGAACGCGCUCGUCUCGCAUCCAGGAUUCGGCCUGUCCGCUUUAUCUAUGGCAAACUUCUAUCCCGAACAAAUCAGCCUAGCUCUCAAAGCUGCCGAAUAUCAAGGUGCCGAAGGACUUAUACGAUUGGGCUCGUUCGACGCUCGACGAGGAGUCAAUGGAAGAACGUCGCCCAGCGAAUCGUGCGUGGUGUGCGGUGACAGGGCUUCCGGGAGGCACUACGGAGCCAUAAGUUGCGAAGGGUGCAAAGGAUUCUUCAAACGAAGCAUUCGCAAACAACUGGGCUAUGCCUGCCGAGGAGACCGAAACUGUGAAGUCACCAAACACCACCGAAAUCGCUGUCAGCACUGUCGGCUUCAAAAAUGUCUUCAGAUGGGAAUGCGCGCCGACGCUGUUCAGUCCGAACGGAAGCCGGCCACCAUGAGCUCGUCGGCAAACGAAAAUCGCUUUGAGAAAAACGUUUCCCCGUCUUCUGGGGCCUCCCCGAGCUCCAACUUGCUCUUGCCGUCAAUGGCCGCUCAUCGAGCUUUGGCAGCCGGCCUGCACUCUUUUACCGAGAAAGAUCUUCACAGCGCACUCAAAUCACCCGCCUCCAUCGAAUCCUUAGGUACCUUGGCGAGCGUGGUUACGACGUUAGCCAACAUCCGUAAGGUCCAAGAAGGAAACGAGAUUCAGGAUCUUCACAACGGCCAGAGAUCGUCACCCUCGAUCAAAGCCGAACCUCUCGAGAAAGAACCUUUCCGAAGCGAGUUUGUUCGACACGAUCAACUCGAAUUCCGUUUGACACCCUUCACCGACAACAACAAUGAGGAUCCGCUCGUCACGGAAAACGGCGAACUCAACGCUCAUUUCGUUUCUGAAUCCGCUUCGAGACUCCUCUUCAUGUCCAUACACUGGGCUAAGGGACUGGAGCCCUUCCAACACUUGCAUUCCGAGAUCCAGACCUUACUUAUCAAAAACUGUUGGGCUGAACUCUUCUGCUUGGGGCUCGCGCAGUGCUCGAAGCAGAUGUCGGUAGCGGCCAUCCUCAAGGCGCUCAAAAAACAACUCCAACGGCAUCCUCACGAAGAUCCCAACAGAAACAGACAGGUUGAAAGUCAUCUGCAGCGGUUGACCUCGUUCAUCGAGACGGUUGGCGCGCUGGGACUUUGCGAUCUCGAGCUCGCCUUGCUGAAGGCGGUGGUUUUGUUUUCACCGGAUUGGCUCGUUGCAUCAGUCGGUAAAUGGAAAUCGCAAGUCGAGCUGUACCAGUUUCGCGCCGUGAACGAGCUGAAAAGGUUCAUUUCUAACGACGAUCGCUUCAACCGGCUGUUGUUGAGGCUCCCGUCGCUGCGUUCGCUAGAUGCCGAUAUCACCGAGGAACUGUUCUUCGCUGGACUCAUCGGAUCGGUCCAAAUCGAUGCUAUUAUACCCUACAUUCUCAAGAUGGACGUUCAAGACGGUGUUGUGACUCACUGA